CAGACCGUUGCUUCGUUGGAGGAUGAGCACAAGCGCCUCAAGAAACAACUCGAGACCACCCAUGAAGAACGUGUUCAAGCUAUUCUCAACGAGAAGAAGCGAACUGCCACUCAUGAAUAUCGCCAAGCACUCGCUAUGCAUGACAAAUCGGCAAACAAACAUCAUGUGCUGAAAACGCUCAAGACCUACAUCCGUUCGGAAGAGAAGGACCGCAUUCACACCAUCAAUCGAUACCGUCAUCUCCUGCGCGUCGAUCAAGCCGAAGCUGCAGCAUUCAAGCCGACGGUGCUGCACAGACUUCGAUACAUAGAUCUGCGUAUCAACGGCACCCUAGCAAUGCUGCGCGACUUCCCAGACCUCGAAGAGUCAAGUACGUCCAAUUGCAGGUAUGUGGCAUAUUGGUCUGACUUCCGUCGUGAGAACACGCCUGAACUCUCUGAUAGCGCUAUUGAUGCCCUCAAUUCGCUCGACAGUGACGCAAAGAACAAGAAAUUGGUUGAUCUGUACAAGCCUUUAUCUGAGGACUCCCGUGACUCCGAGGAGGACGAUGAUGAAUACUACGAGGAUGAGGAUGACGAGGAGGUUAAGAAAAAUCCUAUAGUAAAGAAACCUAAGGUGAUUGAAAUUCUGAGAAAAGAAGAAGUGAGAAAGCCUGAGCCACCGAAACUCGUCGAGAAAUCGGUACAGACUGAACCUAUCCCAAUGGAUGACGAUUCAAAUUCGGAUGAAAGCGAUGAGUGGACGCCCGAAUCCAUCAAGGAGCUUCGUGUCGAUAUUGAACCUAUUAUUGAGGAGAAGCCAGCAUUCUAUCGCCAGGAAAAACUCGUGCAGACGCAG